CUUUAAAAGAGAUUAUUUCUUAUUUAAAAACUUAUUUCUUUACAAAAAAUAAUUACAAAAAAACUAUAAUCAUGGGAGAUUUUAAUAUAAAUCCUCAUAAAUCAAAUUCAACUUUUACAAAUGUUCAAUUAGACGACCCUAUAAAUUCUAAUCACGUGACUUCAGCGUAUUAUCACAAAAUCAUUUUAACCAUCCUUAAAAAUAAUCGCUUUAAAGACAUUGUCAAAUUUUUUAAUGAUACACCAUCUUAUACCUUUAGCAAUACCUCUGUAAAUACGUCUUAUAUUGAUAUUAUUUUUGUUUCACCAAACUUUUUAUCACAUUGUUUAUUUGGUACUAUAGCUACUGAACCAAUAUGUACUGAUCACCGAUUAAUAGUGAUCACUUUGAACAACAAAUUUUUUUAUUCCCCUAAUCAAAAUAUUUUAAACGAUUCUCUCAAUGAAAUUGAAAUGUGUAAAAAGAAUUCACUUUCUUAUAAUGAAAGAUAUAAUUAUAAAAAAAUAACAAAAGAACAGUGGGUAGACUUUAAAAAUUUUGUAUGGAAUAAUUUUCAAUCAAUUUCGACACGUUCUCAAACACACAUUAACCCACAAAAACAUGUCAACAUUGUUUUUGAAAACAUAGUACAAAGUAUUCACAAAGCUAUAAACGCUAUAGGAUUUCCUAUAAUUAAACAAAACAUGCAUCAAUACACUUAUUCUUAUUCGAUUAGAAUUUUAGAAAAUGAUCUUUAUUAUAUAGCAUCCCUUAUUAAUAGAUUAGAAAAUUAUUUUAAUCCUAAAACACAUCGAUCAUGAUAUUAUUUCUAUGAUACCACUUUUUGGGAGGGACCUAAAAAAUUAAAUCGAUUAAAAAGAAUCGUUUCAAAUUUAGACUUACGAAAUUUAUCAAUUAAUACACGUGAUG